CCGCAACGCUGUCACCGCGCCGCCGAUAUUAUAGGGCCGAGGGCUGCGGCUCCGAGCGCCGAGUCAGCGGUGUAAUGAACUUCUGGAAACCUUUCCCUUUUUCCAGCCUUCACUUUCUGAGAGGCUGAGACUGCCUCCUCUGACGCCUUUUCCCCCUGCCAUUCUUUUGCCGGCUCUGAUCUCCUGCUCCGCGCGAAGCCCGCUCCAUCCCACCUUCCCCUCCGCUCAUUGUGCCGCGGCCCCGAGUCCCGCCGGCAGCGCUCCGCCACCCCCGCACCCUCCCGGGGUCCCGAGCGCUCCAGCUCGCGGGGAGAGCUCCUUCUUCGGCUCAUUUCGUUUCUUUAUUAUUAUUUUUGGCCCUUCGGCUCCCGUGUUUUGUCUCGUUUUUUGGUUUGCUCUUUUUCUGUUGUUUUUUUUUCCUUUUCUCCGUCUGUUCCUGCGCCUCGGAAGCACCUCCCGGCGAGGAUGUGUCGGCCCCAGCGGGCGAAGCAGCGCUGAGAGGCCGAGGGAGGCACCCACCCGCCCGCCGCAGCCGGGGGGGGCACCGCGCUGCGCCCCGACGGAGCGGCUCCCGGGGCUCCGAGCAUGAGCAAGCCGGCGGGAUCAACAAGUCGCAUUUUGGACAUCCCCUGCAAAGUGUGCGGGGACCGCAGCUCCGGCAAGCACUAUGGGGUGUACGCCUGCGAUGGCUGCUCGGGUUUCUUCAAGCGGAGCAUCAGGAGGAACAGGACCUACGUCUGCAAGUCGGGAAACCAGGGGGGCUGUCCGGUGGACAAGACACACAGGAACCAGUGCCGGGCCUGCCGGCUGAAGAAGUGCUUGGAAGUCAACAUGAACAAAGACGCUGUGCAGCAUGAGCGGGGCCCACGUACAUCAACAAUACGGAAGCAGGUGGCCCUCUACUUCCGCGGACACAAGGAGGAGAGCAGUGGUGCCCCACACUUUCCUGCCACUGCCCUGCCAGCACCCGCUUUCUUCACUGCUGUCUCCCAGCUGGAGCCCCAUGGCCUGGAGCUGGCUGCAGUUGCCGGUACCCCUGAGAGGCAGACCUUGGUGGGCCUGGCGCAGCCCACCCCAAAGUACCCGCAUGAAGUCAAUGGUACCCCCAUGUAUCUCUACGAGGUGGCCACAGAAUCUGUCUGUGAGUCAGCAGCCAGACUGCUGUUCAUGAGCAUCAAGUGGGCCAAGAGUGUCCCUGCCUUCUCCACCCUGUCCUUACAAGACCAGCUGAUGCUUUUGGAAGAUGCUUGGAGAGAACUGUUUGUUCUAGGAAUAGCACAAUGGGCCAUUCCAGUUGAUGCUAACACUCUACUGGCUGUAUCUGGCAUGAACGGCGACAACACAGAUUCUCAGAAGCUGAAUAAAAUUAUUUCAGAAAUACAGGCUUUACAGGAGGUUGUGGCUAGAUUUAGACAACUCCGGCUAGAUGCUACUGAAUUUGCCUGUCUCAAAUGCAUCGUCACUUUCAAAGCUGUGCCGACACACAGCGGGUCCGAGCUGAGGAGCUUUCGGAAUGCAGCUGCCAUCGCCGCCCUCCAGGACGAGGCCCAGCUCACCCUGAACAGCUACAUCCAUACCAGGUACCCUACACAACCCUGUCGUUUCGGAAAACUUUUAUUGCUCCUACCAGCUUUACGUUCCAUUAGUCCAUCCACAAUAGAAGAAGUGUUUUUCAAAAAGACCAUUGGGAAUGUACCAAUCACAAGACUGCUUUCAGACAUGUACAAAUCCAGCGACAUAUAGAUUUCCUUAAAACAAACCAUCAGGAUGGACAGUCUGAGAAGAACUUUAAUCUAUGGAGAAUAAGCCUCAACUAACAAAAUCUACAGGAAGCAUAAGCCUGGGAAUGUUUAGCCUUUAAACCCAUUGACAAAAAAAAAUACCCCAGUAGAUAUGAUUCUGCUGCUCUGAACAGAGCGAUUUAGAUCAUGGAGAGAAUGCUUUGUUCUACAGAAAAAGUGAAAGUGGUUGGAAUUUGGCUGCUUUUCCUGUUACUACAGGAUGGAGGCAAUUCAGAUGCCAGUCAUAGUUAACAAAGACUGUGCUAUUCUCUCAUUGAACUGGCAGAUCUGAGACGAAAUGUGAAAGAAGGUACUUUAGUUUUGUUCAGUAUUUGGAACUGGGUGACCAAACUUGGCUUCUGUUGUAACGUGAGAUGUGGUGGCCUUCAGAACUGUUUUAAAAGUAGCCUAUGUUGGUAAAAUGUUUUAAUACGGUAGGCAACAUUUAAGACCGGGUUACCAAAACAUUGCUUCUGCAGUAACACAUCAUGAAGUGGCCUUCAGAACUGAUUAAAAAGUAGCUUAUGACAGCAGUUCCAUUCUUCCUGCAAAAUAAACUGGUGAUCAGUGAUGCAGAUGUCACCAGAAUUAACAUCUCAUGACAGAAGAGCUUUAUACAACUCCCCGACCCUUCUCUCCUCCUUACACACAUGCACCAACCCACCACAGCCCCCGGCAAAGAGUGCAAGUCAAGGAAGGAACACAAAAACAGCAAAACCAAAUCCAAUGGAGAUGACUGCUUCAGUGACCUGCUGGCUGUCCCGUUGGCACACUGCUGAAACCAAAGGCAACGGCGGCCAAACUCUUUGUCAGUGAGAUGUGCAGAGAAGUGAAAUGACUGUAAAGACACCAACGGAAAUCAUUUCAUUUCAAGGAAAUAAAGUUGGUUGACUGAAACGACGCUAACAACUUUCAAAAGUCUCCAAUGCCUUUUUAGAAAACUCCAGGUUCUAAUUUUGAAGCCUUGUUCACCUACACCCUCUUACACACAAAAAAUGUUAUAAGCUGCUUACUUGAUGUAUGAAACACGUAGGAAAAAAAGAAUUAAAGAUAGCUGCUGUACUUUUCAAGAUUUGAUUUGUUAUUAGAAACUAGCACUGAGAAAAAUCAGCACUUGGACUAUCAUAGAAUGAGUAAAACUUUUCCUGUACAAAGUGGAUUAACUGAUUUGUGAAGUUAAAAAGUUGUACUCAUUGUAUUUACAAAGAAUAAAAAUAUAUUGAAUUUA